AUGUCAGAGUAUGUUGCUAAUAACAAAAAACCGACCCAAGUCAUCCGUGACUAUGGAACGCCGAACCUUCUCUAUAUCUACUAUGUCCCGCUUAUGUCGAAUUUGGAUAAGGAGAAUUUGGAAUCGAUCAAAGCUGACGUCGAAACUUGGUUUGCCUUCGAGGCUGGAAAGACUGAGGGUCAAGUUCAUGGCCGUCUGGGGAAAAAGGAACUCCCCGCAGAUAGUGCGGUAGCCUCAAAUGUUCGGGGAACAAUUUAUCGCAUCAAAGUGAUCCAUAAGUUCAGAGGCAAUGGGUACACCUGGGCCCCGCGAGGUAUCGUACACAAUAUUGAUAAACCUCUUGGUCCAACACUGGAUGAAGAUGUAUAUGGAAGAGUCUGUGAAGAGCUGAAGUCUCAUUACAUCGCCAACGGUUCCCUUCCCGAAGAAUUUUCAUUCGUGUUGAAAUCAGCGAUUCUACUUAUGGAAUCGGCCAAAUCUCCGGUACAUUGA